UUGAUAACCUAUGAAUACCAAAAUUCACGUUCAAAUAUUUGACCCUCCUUAAAUUCAACAUGUCUUUUGAAUACUAUACAAAUUGGUGGAUAGUAAAUAAAAAGCAGCUUGAAGACGUUUAUAUGAGAGAUGAAAUCUUUCGGAAGAAAGCUAAGCCAAUACCAAACAGAAAUCUCGCAAAUAUGCUUUUGGGAGGUCUGUACGCCAAGUAUUCCUUACUAGUGCAAGAAAUCGAUGGUUGUUUAGACCAAAUGGCUCAACCCCAGAAGAGAAAAACCGUGAAGAAGCUUCUGGAUGCAGCAAUAAUAAGGCUCAGUGAACUGAAUGACCAGUUGAAAACAAUCGACUUUUCCGAGUUCCACUACAUCGAUGGUAGCCUGGUUGAACUCAAACUGAUACCGUAUGAUGUCGAAAUUCUUCAUCCUUCAAUGUUUUUCUCAAGACCUAUAUAUAUUGAAGAUAUGUGGCAAAAACUUCAAAAGGGUGAAAAAAUAUUUGUCUCUCCUGAAUCUGAAGAACCAACGCAUGAUGCAGAUGAGUCUGAAAAGGUAGUACAGCCAGAAGAAGUUGUCGAAGAGGGAAAAAAAUCUAAAGACAAGAAAAGUAGACGUCCUAAGACCAUAAUUGUAACGGAAGACAAAUUAGCGGUAUCAGAGGAAGAAAUGGAGGAGAUUAAACGUAAGCAAGUCAUCACUAACAGCAUAAAUAUGAUCCAGACCGCUGAAAGAGCCAGGCAAGAACGAAUGUACUUCUUCAUAAAAGUCCAAAUAUUCAGAAGAAACGAGGCAGCGAAAAAACUUGCACAACUCCAUCCCCAGUCACAGAAAACACCUCAAAUCGAAGAAGCAGCCAAGACUCCUCCAUCUCCGAUAAAAAUACAGACUGCUUGGCGGGGACACAGUGCUCGUGAACUGAUGAAAUUCAAAGAACUCGAAAGAAGAAUGCUCAUCAAAAUGUAUGAACCGAGUUGGAGAUCGAAGAAAGAAUUCGAGAUAUUCGAGAAAAACCUGAACAAACGGAGGGAAUACAGAGACCAACGAAUUCGAGAGUAUAUUCAAUCAAUCGAUCAGGAAAAAGCGAGAAUUCUCAGAGUCGUCGCUCCCGGCCUAAUGGAAGACAUCGGAGAUGAAAUUAGGGAAUGGUUCCGUAUUUGGUACGUUGAAGCUAGGUUAUUCGAUAAGUAUCCUCCUGAAGAAAAAGGUGGUACUAUAUUAGUGGUCAGGGGAGAAACAAUGACCCCCAAAGAGUAUUUGGAUGAAUAUGAAAGGAAAAGAAGAGAAAAAGUGAAAGCAGGCGGUGCUGAUAAACAGAAAGAGAAAGAAAAAUUAGAGAAGCUGAAAAAGGCAGAGGCGGAGAAGAAGAAAGAAGCCGAAAAAAAGAAAAAAGAAGCGGAAGCCAAAAAGAAAAAGAAGAAGAAUCCUGGUGAAUUUGAAUUUGAGUACACGGAUACUGCUGCGAAAACUAUUUAUGAUGAAGGUAUGAAAGAACACAAAACAAUAUGGGAUGAGCGCAACGAUUUUGAAAAUCCCCUGGAGAAACACUAUAUGGAUAUGAUAACCGAAGAAAAAUGCUACGAGGUUCAAUUAGAAGUCAGGAAAAAGAUUGACGAGCUGAUGAGAAUAGAGUUGGAAAUGCUAGAAGAUGCUCUAGAACAAGACAAAAUACGACUCACGGGUAAAAAGGGUAAAAAGAAAAACAAGAAAAAGGGAAAGAAGAAAAAGAAGGGUAAGAAAGGAAAGAAGGAUCCAACAGCCAACAGAACAACAGAAGAUUUAUUUCAAGAGCUUUACGACAACGGCAUCAUAAGAACUUAUCCUUCCACCAGACUAGACCAGUUUGGAGGAGACUUCAGCUACACGAAUUGGGAGCUCAGAAAUAAGGAUUUCGAUCCACCAGCUACCCUCCUUGAUGUCAGGCAAGCUGUUGUUAUGAAUUGUAUCGCGCCUCUGGGCGUCGAAGUGAUGAAAAGACCUAGAUCAGUUUUGAUUGCCGGACCAAGACAGAGUGGAAAACACUUAUUAGCUAAUGCAAUAUUCAAUGAAACUAAAUGUGUCCUAUUCGAUCUGUCUCCAGAAAGAACAGCAGGAAAAUAUCCUGGACCGAAAGGAAUGAAAAUGUUCAUACAUCUGAUCAAUAAAAUGUCAAAAUUAUUAGCUCCCUCUAUAAUAUAUUUCGAUGGAGCUGAGAGGAUAUUCUAUAAGAAGGUGCCUAAAGAAGAGAAGGAACUGGAUCCAAAACGAAUUGGAAAGAAACUCAUGAAAGGAAUCAUCAAAACCAUCACCCCAGAAAACAGGGUUUUAGUAUUAGGAAUCACCGGUAAACCUUGGGCGGGACAGGCGGCAAAGAUGAAAAAAACGUUCGAGAGGAACAUCCUAAUCCCUAGACCAGACUACGGCAGUAUCUAUCUCUACUGGCGGGACCUUCUCAUGCCUUAUCAUGGAGUUGAUAGAAACUUCAACGUAACUGCGUUGGCUAGCGUUACCGUGAACUACCCUUUCUCGGUUAUUAGAGAAGCUUUAAGGAAAAUCAUGACACCAAGGAGGAUCAUUCAACUCAAAUAUAAUCCCUUGACUCCACAGGAAGUGUAUGAGAUAUUCGUAGCUGAUGGUAUAGAGCCCAUUUCCGAUAAAGAAUAUAAAAAGUUUUUGAAAUGGUAUAAGUCGACUCCGCUAGGCAAACAGAGGGCGGCAUUCAAUAAAUGGGCAGAUGGUCAGAGAGAGCUUGAGGCUAGGCAAAAGGAAAAGGAGAAUAAAAAGAAGUAACACUGGUUGAAAAAAUCUGGUAGAGACUGGGGACUGAUUUUUUAAAAUCACAUUUCAGAAUAUUCCAAAUAUUUUAGUUAUUCAGUAUUAUGAAAAAAAAUGCAUCUAA